CUUAGACGAUGUGAUUUGAAACGUGGGAGUUAAACACUGCUACAGAUGGCUCAGAAAUUACUGGCUACUUCAUGAAAGGAAGACUUUAAAUUCAGGAUUAUCCGGGGAAAGGAACAAUGGCUUUGACGUUCUCUAUCAUAACAUGAAGCAUGGACAUUUGUCAACAAAAGAAUUAGCAGACUUUAUUAGAGAAAGGGCUACAAUAGAGGAAGCAUAUUCAAGAUCAAUGACAAAACUUGCCAAAUCAGCAAGCAAUUACACACAGCUAGGAACAUUUGCACCAGUUUGGGAUGUUUUCAAAACCUCAACAGAAAAACUAGCAAGCUGCCACUUGGAUCUUGUCCGGAGAUUACAAGAGCUAAUUAAAGAAGUUCACAAAUAUGGAGAUGAACAAAUUAAAGCUUAUAAAAAGACUAAGGAAGAAGUUUCAGGAACAUUGGAAGCAGUGCAAAACAUUCAAAGUAUAACUCAGGCAUUACAGAAGUCAAAGGAAAACUACAAUGCAAAAUGUCUUGAACAAGAACGUUUGAAAAAGGAAGGAGCAACACCAAGAGAAAUUGAUAAGGCAACAGUUAAAUCGAAGAAAGCUACAGAUACCUAUAAACUGUAUGUGGAGAAAUACGCUGCAGUUAAAUCUGAUUUUGAACAAAAAAUGACAGAAACUGCACAAAAGUUUCAAGAUAUUGAAGAAACUCAUCUACUGCAUAUGAAAGAGAUUAUAGAAUCAUUGUCAAAUACCAUAAAGGAUAUUCAUUUACAAAUAGGAGAGGUACAUGAAGAAUUUAUAAAUAACAUGGCAAAUACUACAGUUGAGAGUUUAAUACAGAAAUUUGCUGAGUCAAAAGGAACUGGCAAGGAAAGACCAGGUCCUAUCGAAUUUGAGGAAUGUAAUACAUCCAGUGCAGUUGAAGGAAUAAAACCAAGGAAGAGGAAGCCUUUUGGUUUAUCAGGAAUAAUGAAAAAAGAAAAAGAUACUGAAUCUGUGGAGUGUCCAGAUGCAGACUCAGUUAACAUUCCCGAUGUAGAUGAUGAAGGAUACAGCAUUAAACCAGAAACAACACAGGAUAUCAAGGAGAACCAUUUCUAUUCAUCCAGUGAUUCUGACUCUGAAGAUGAUGAACCCAGGAGGUUCCAUAUAGAAAUAAAACCUGUACAGCCAAAUAAUAGUUCUCAAUACACUAUGCCUUCAUUGGAUGAAUUAAAAGUUUCUAUAGGGAACAUUGCUCUUUCUCCAGCAACAUCUCAGAGACACAGUCCUGCACAAAUGAAUCGAAAUUCAUCCAGUGAGGAGUUAACAAAAUCGAAGCUUUCAGCUCCGACAAAUGAAAAGGGGAACAGUGACCUUCUGGCAUGGGAUCCACUGUUUAGCAGUUCGCUCGAAUCUUGCUCUUCAGCCUCCUUGGCUUCCUCAUCCUCCUCAGCAAGACCCACAACUCCUCUUACCGUAGGCACUAUUGUACCCCCUCCAAGGCCUGCUUCAAGAACAAAAUUGUCUACAGGGAAACUUAGUGGAAUUAAUGAAAUACCUAGGCCAUUCAGCCCUCCACUGACCUCUAAUUCAAGUCCACCACCUGCAGCUCCCUUGGCACGUGCAGAGAGCAUCUCCUCAAUAUCCUCCUCUGCUUCCCUUAGUGCAGCAAAUACACCUACAGUUGGUGUUUCACGUGGUCCCAGCCCUGUCAGCCUUGGAAACCAGGACACCCUGCCUGUCGCUGUAGCCCUUACUGAAUCUGUUAACGCCUACUUUAAAGGAGCAGAUCCCACAAAAUGUAUUGUGAAGAUCACUGGUGAUAUGACAGUAUCAUUCCCAAGUGGGAUUAUUAAAGUCUUCACCAGCAACCCAUCUCCAGCUGUGCUCUGCUUCAGGGUAAAAAACACAAGCAAACUAGAGCAGAUUCUUCCAAAUGCACAACUUGUAUACAGUGAUCAGUCUCAAAGUGACUCCACUACGAGGGAUUUUUGGAUGAACAUGCAAGCUAUAACUCUCUACCUCAAGAAAUUAUCAGAGCAGAACCCAUCUGCAUCCUAUUAUAAUGUGGAUGUUUUAAAGUAUCAGGUAUCUUCAAAUGGCAUCCAGUCCACUCCCUUGAAUCUUGCAACUUACUGGAAAUGUAAUGCUAACACUACUGAUGUGAGAGUGGAUUAUAAAUACAAUCCAGAGUCUAUGAAUGUGCCCAGCAUGCUGUCUAAUGUACAGGUUGUGGUACCAGUAGAUGGAGGAGUAACCAACAUGCAAUCACUUCCACCUGCAAAAUGGAAUUCAGACCAGAUGAAAGCUUACUGGAAACUAUCUAGCAUUUCAGAGAAAUCUGAGAAUGGAGGUUCUGGAUCCCUCAGGGCAAAAUUUGAACUUUCAGAAGGACCCAGUAAACCAGCAACACUUGCAGUGCAAUUCAUAAGUGAAGGAAGCACUCUUUCAGGAGUAGAUGUAGAGCUGGUAGGCUCUGGCUAUCGGCUUUCCCUCCUUAAGAAGAGAUUUGCCACUGGACGGUAUAUGGCAGACUGCUGAUGAACCUGUGAAAGUCGUGUCAUUAAAGGAGUACAAGAAACCCACUCGGCCCCUUCUUCUUGUCAAACACUAUUUUCACAUGCAUUAUUUUUUUUUAAAUAUUGACCUACUUUGAGGCCAAACCACAGGACAGAAAAUGCACUUUCAAAAGUCAUUUUGAAGAUCUUGUAUUACUUUAUAAUAGCACUGAAGUUAACUUCAACACUGUCUGUAAAUGAUCAACUGCAAUAUUGGGGAAACUUUGUUAAAAUUUUGGUAAAUUUAUCUAGAAGUCAAAGUAGUAAUCAAUAGUUGUAAUGAAAGCAUGAAAUCGUAUGCUAUACUGUAAACAUUAAACAUAAAAAUGUAGGAGAGCAAGUAAGAAUAUUUGAGCUUUCCAUAAUACUCAUUUUCAGAUUCCUUCAUUGCCAGUUUUUAAAGAAAAAGGGGCAAACUUUUAUGUAGUUCUUCUUGUGCCAUAAAAAUAUUUGAGUUAGAGAUGUAUAAAAAAUGUAACUUGAUGCCCAUGUAUCAUAUAUUAUUAACGUGUAUGUUGUUUUAUAUAGUGUUUUUUCUCCUAAGUGCAAUGUGUUACAAAAUUGCAAAAGACAGAAAAGAUUUACUUCUGCAGUUAGUGAAUUUUAUGGGUGUUGUGAUUGUUUGAAUUAAUGCUGUAGAUUUAAUUUAUUUUUAUAUGAACUUCAUAACAUUUGUGCCUUUAAAAAAGCCUGUGCCUAUCCAAUUCGUUAUUCAUGUGCCUCACUUCCUCUUUCAAAGUUUGGCCAUUCGUGAAGAAAGUGUGGUGUUUGUAUAAUACAACUUCACAAAAAUUCUUUUGAUGGGGAUCUAAAAGGGAGAUCUGCAGAAGCUGGAGGUUGUUUUAAAGGAGAUCAAAAUAGUGGAUUACUCCCUCAUGGGGUAAUUGCAAUAAAUGCAUCCAUAGUAAAGGGAGGUGCAUCAUGCAGGACUUUGGAAUUUUGAUGUACUAACUUUAAUGUCACCAAAGAUGAGAGUCUUGAAAGGUGGUAACGAUGCUUUUAAAAGAAACCAGCGUUUCCCUUUACACUGACUGCAUUAAGUGCUUUUGGAAUGAUGUGAAUGUAAGCAGUACUUUGGGAGGAAUAUCAUUUAAGAAGGGGAUAUUAUGGCAGCAAGAUGACUGUACUGCCAUUUCUAUUAGUUUUACUUUUUCUCUGUAACUAGCAGUUUUAAUAUUUCUCUUCUGCUCUUCUUGCUGCAGCCUAAGAAAAGUGACACAUUAGUAACAUUUUUUAAAACAAGUAACUAGUUUAGAAAAUCUUUUAUGUAUCUGUAUUAUCAAAUGAUUUUUUCAGUACAGAAAUCAAAAAGUACUGGAGCAAAGUAAUUUAAUAACCUUCAAGUGGGAAUUUUAUAUGACCAUUCUGAAUACUGAAUCUAUUUCAAAUUCUCUAUUAAGACAAUAAAACUUGCUUGAAUUAAUUCAUGCAAAACCAGUGGUGAAUAGGACUGCUGAAGCUUUACAAUACAUUAAGCUUUAGAGAGGCUACAUAAAAUCUGAUGUAUGCUAUACGUUUGGCAGAUGGGAUUGCCAUUAUUAGCUCUAAGGAUAUCUUGAACUUUACAUCUGAUUGGAAAAGUAUAUCUGGCUUUUAAUUUGCUGAUCUUAUUGAGUGGAGAAUUUCUAACGGAUAUGAAAUGGUACAGUCUUUUUACUGGAGUCUUAAUUGUAAUCUGCUUUGCAAUCAAACUGUGUUUAACAUGACAGUGUUUCAUUAAUGAAAACCCAAAACUGUAUAGCUGCUCUUAAUGAACUAUUGCUUCCAUUUCUGAGUUAAAUGAAGUAGCUACUUUUCAGCACUUUCAAACUAGUCCUCAUUGGGGUGAUUAUAGAUACAUUUGCAUUGGGUGCAGGUUACAAUUUUGAAGCCAUGCAAGCCUAUAUAGACUUUUUGUAAAGCAAUUCAAAAACAGUGUAAAAAGUACAUGUAGCAAUCUGAUGGGGAAGAGAAAAGAAGCAUGUAGCAAGCUGGUUCUUGCUUGUGUAUACAGCCAUUUCCUUUGUAGCUGCCUCUGAAAAAAAAUUGAUUUGUAAACACAACUCUAAAGGAUCUGAGUUUUUGUGGAUUAUUACUACGUCAGACUGUAAAUUAGAGCACACAAGUUUAUCUUACAAAAAUUGUAAAUACUUCUGAUUUUUCAUGAAAUGUAAAUUUAAAAAAUGUUGCGCCCAUAAUAAACAUGUAAUAUAUAAUUUAAAUACUGAUUUAUAUUGCUUAUGCUUUUGCAGUCAAUCCCACCGGGUUUCCGAGCGAUAAAAAAUAUGAUGAAA